AUGGCGUAUCCGAAAGAACGACCCGGGAAACUGGUCAUACAGUUAUUGGCGGCGGCUAGACUUCAGUUCUUCAUCGCCAAAGGACCCUUGUCAUCGAGGAUUGGCUUACACUAUCAAUCCCGGUCAAGAAUCUCCAAGAUGACCUCAGACGCCAUAGAGACGAGACUAUUCAUCAACAACGAAUUCGUCCAAGGCAAGCAGGGAAAGACAUUCAAAGUCUACAAUCCCUACAACGACCAAGAGAUAUGUCAUGUCCAUGAAGCCACAAAGGAGGACGUCGAUCUCGCAGUCGACGCCGCCGAGGCUGCAUUUCCCCAGUGGAGCAGCAUUGCCGCCCAUGAGCGGGCAGCCUACAUGUUCAAGUUUGCCCAGCUCGUGCAGAGAGACGCCCCCCAGCUGGCCGAGUUGGACUCGAUGUGCAUGGGCAAGCCCGUUGAAUUGCUCAAGAAAAUGGACAUCCCGGCUUGUGUGGGCGUCUUCAACUAUUUUGCCGGCAGCGGAUACCAUAUACUGGGAGAAUCGAGUCUCUCCUCCCCAAACUUUCUCAACGUCAGUGUGCGGCAGCCUUAUGGUGUGGUCGGUCUGAUUAUUCCAUGGAAUGUCCCGAUGAUCAUGUUCGCCUUCAAGGUCGCCCCAGCCCUGAUCUGCGGCAACACGGUCGUACUCAAAUCGUCGGAAAAGGCACCGCUGAGCUCCAUCAAACUGGCCGCGCUGAUCAAGGAGGCCGGGUUUCCGCCGGGCGUGGUCAACGUGGUCAGCGGGUUUGGCGACCCGACGGGCUCGGCCAUCGGCCUGCACAGGAAGAUCCGCAAGAUCUCGUUCACGGGAUCCGUGGCCACGGGCCGCAAGAUCCUCAAGAUGGCGGCCGACUCGAACCUCAAGAACGUCUCGCUGGAGCUGGGUGGGAAGUCGCCCGCCAUCAUUUUUGAGGAUGCCGACCUCGAGGCCGCGGCGCGGUACACGCACUACAGCAUCAACCACAACAGCGGCCAGCACUGCCAGGCCAACAGCCGCGUGCUAGUGCAGGAGUCCAUCGCCGACGCGUACAUCGACAUGGUCAAGAAGCUGAUGGCCAAAGUCACCCUGGGCGACCCGGCCGACCCGAGCACGUUCCAAGGCCCGCAGGUCGACCAGAAGCAGCUGGCCCACAUCCAGCGGCUGGUCGACCAAGGGAGUAAAGACGGCACGCUGGUGUGCGGCGGCAAGCGACACGGCACGACGGGCGCCUUUAUCGAGCCGACCAUUUUGAAAAACGUCCCGCUCGACUCGGCUGCCUACACCGAGGAGAUCUUUGGGCCCGUGGUGAUUUUGAAUACCUUCAAGGACGAGAAGGAGGUGCUUGCCGAGGCCAACUGUACCGACUUUGGGUUGUUUUCCAAAGAUACACAGUAUACAGAAUGUAUAACUGACCCCGCGGCCCCUCUUGUGCCCCAAUCGUCCACAGCAUCCGUGUACACGCAAAACUUUGACCGCGCCGUCCGCGUGGCCAAGGCGCUCGAGGCCGGCGCCGUCGGCAUCAACUGCUCCGUGCCCGUGCGCGCCGUCGACAUGCCCAUCGGCGGCUGGAAGCAGUCCGGCAUGGGCAAGGAGCUGUCCCUGCACGGCCUCAACACCUACACCGAGCUCAAAACCAUCUUUAUGAAGUACAACGCCGACCCGACGGCCAUGGCUGUGGGGACGUGGCAUUCGGGGCAGCAAGUGGAUGGGAUUCGAUAG